UCCAUAAUGGGUUCAGCUAGCGAAGAUGAAGACGAUGAUGAUGAUCCGCCACAUUUACGCGGACCCCCUCUGGGUUUGGGUAUGCUGGGACCAAAUGGCCCAGACUCAGCAGGUGGACCAUUGGGAGCAUCAGAUAUUUCAGUACAAAGCAUGAGCACCGACAGCAAAAAUACCCAUGACGAUUCGGAUCAGGGUUCCUUAGAUGGCGAUCCUGAUGCGAGAGGUGAUUCCCAGGCUGAAAACAAAAGUCCUGACGAUGCCAACGGUUCAAAGCGAAGAGGUCCGCGCACAACGAUCAAAGCCAAACAAUUGGAAGUACUGAAAACUGCAUUUAACCAAACACCGAAACCGACACGCCACAUCAGAGAACAGCUGGCCAAAGAAACGGGUCUGCCGAUGCGAGUGAUACAGGUGUGGUUUCAAAAUAAACGCUCAAAAGAACGCCGGAUGAAACAAAUCACCAGCAUGGGCCGUCCCCCUUUCUUCGGUGGAGCGCGAAAAAUGCGAGGCUUUCCUAUGAAUCUCUCACCCGGCAUGGAUGAUGGUCCCGGUUUCCCCUACUUUGCAGCCGAGGGUAAAUUCGAAUUCGGCUAUGGACCCCAUUUCCACCCACACGAUGGUCCUUUCUUCCCCGGUCACCCGGGUGGACCAAUGCCUUUUAAUGCACCCGGUGGACCAAUGGAUCAUACGGGACCGAUACCGAUGGUAAAUGAAUUUGGUUUAACGCCUGAAUCCAAUUUCCUAAGUCAAGGAGGUGGUGGUGGUGGGCCACCAAUGAAUAUACAAUCGGCGGGGGGACCACAACCACCAACGGAACAUUUGUUGGCGGCGCAACAGCAGCAGCAACAACAACAGUCACAACAGCAGCAACAACAAUCUCAACAAGUUAAUGGCCCGCGUUCAACAUCACCGGAAUUCAUGUCGGCGGGGAAUUUCAGUGAACCCUCAAAUAUGCAAAACGAAACGCUUGUUUGGUAAUAUUCAAAAGAGUUGGCAACGCGUUUGCUAUUCUUAAAGACCCUGGCCGAAUAUCAACAUCAGCA